AUGACCGUCACGUACACAGCUUGCGUGGCGAACGCGCGCUUCGGCGGCUUCUCGAAGCUGCUGCUGCUGUGGCGCGGGAGCAUCUACAAACUUCUGUGGCGCGAGCUGCUGUGUUUCCUUGGGCUCUACAUGGCGCUGAGUGCCGCCUAUCGCUUCGUGCUGACCGAAGAGCAGAAGCGCUACUUUGAGAAGCUCGUUCUUUACUGCGACCAGUACGCCAGUCUCAUCCCGGUCUCUUUUGUGCUCGGCUUCUACGUAACGCUGGUGGUGCACCGCUGGUGGAACCAGUACCUAUGCAUGCCCCUGCCCGACGCGCUCAUGUGCGUGGUGGUCGGCACAGUGCAUGGGCGCGACGAGCGCGGCCGCCUCUACCGACGCACGCUUAUGCGCUAUGCAGGGCUCUCUGCUGUGCUUAUCCUGCGCUCUGUCAGCACCGCUGUCUUCAAGCGCUUCCCCACCAUAGACCACGUGGUGGAAGCAGGGUUUAUGACCCGCGAGGAGCGUAAGAAGUUCGAGAACCUGAACUCAUCCUACAACAAGUACUGGGUGCCUUGCGUCUGGUUCUCCAACCUGGCGGCGCAGGCUCUGCGCGAGGGCCGCAUUCGCAACAACGGAGCCCUUAAGCUGCUGCUGGAGGAGCUGACUGUGUUUCGGGGCAAGUGUGGGAUGCUCUUUCACUACGACUGGAUUAGCGUACCCCUUGUCUACACCCAGGUGGUGACCAUCGCUGUGUACAGCUACUUCCUGGCCUGCCUCAUCGGUCGCCAGUUCCUGGACCCGGCGCAGGGCUAUAAAGACCACGACCUGGACCUGUGCGUGCCCAUCUUCACCCUGCUGCAGUUCUUCUUCUACGCGGGCUGGCUCAAGGUAGCUGAGCAGCUCAUCAACCCCUUCGGAGAGGACGACGAUGACUUUGAGACCAACUUUCUGAUCGAUCGCAACUUCCAAGUGUCAAUGCUGGCCGUGGACGAGAUGUACGACGACCUGGCCAUGCUGGAGAAGGACCUGUACUGGGACAGAGCUGAGGCUCGCGCUCCCUAUACCGCGGCCACCGCCUUCCUGUUGCAGCAGCCCUCCUUCCAGGGCUCCACCUUCGACAUCACGCUGGCCAAGGAGGACAUGCAGUUCCAGCGGCAGGACGGCGUGGAUGCGCCUCUGAGCGAUGCACACGGCGACUUCCUGCAGCGCCUCCUGCCGGUGGGCGCGGGCAUGGCCGCUGGAGGCCUGCUGGGCCGGCGCCUGUCUUUACUGCGCCGCAAGAACAGCUGCGUGUCGGAGGAAUCCGCAGCCGCCAGCUGCGCAUGCGCGGGCGGCCCUGAUGGCGUGGCCCUAGAGUGCAGUUGCAGUAACGCGCUGCUAGACUUAGGCCUGCCGGAGCCGGAGUCUGGCCGCCACGCCGGCCGCGAGCCGCCAGCCCCCGGGCCACCCGCCGAGCCCUUCACCGUUGUGCCAAUGCCCGGGCCCCGGGGGCCGGCUCCACCCUGGCUGCCCAGCCCCAUUGGCGAGGAGGAGGAGAGUCUAACCUGAGACCCUUGGACCCUGGAUCCCCAAGGACAGGGAAAAUGCCCCAACACCGCCCGCAAGCAGUGGUUUGGGCUUUAUAAGCUGCCUGUGGACUCUUACCUGCCCGCUUCUUACCUGCCUGCGUCCCGCCUUUACGUUUGGCACAGAGGCUUGGAACGCCUCCUGUGGGCCAGGCACUGCACUGAGGGCAGGGUAUUCUUCCAGCAUCUUUCAACUGCCGGCCCUUACCACCAGCUCUACUUCCUACCCGCCACUGCGUGAGAGUUUUUAUCAGUGUGC